GCGCGUUUGUCGUGCGCCGUGCGUGUCGCAUGGACAGCUGAUGUGUGGAGCGUCAUAUUGUCACACGCAUCAUACAGGAGUGAUUGCAACUUUUAGGUAGGACACAUAAGCAAGUAAUAGGUAUAAUGAGUACAAGCAAAAUUGAUAGGGAUAGGGACAGAGGUAGAGAUAGGGAUCGAAACAGAGACAGAGAUACAAAUAAGGACAGGUACAGAAGUAAAGACUUCAGGGAAAAGGAUAGAGAUAAAAGCCGAGACAAAAGAAGAGAUCAUUACAGAGAUGAGUCUAGUAGCGAUGAUGAAAAGUCAAGUCGCAGCAAAUCCAAACACAGUGACAAGAAAAAGAAGAAAGCAAAAUCAUCAAAAACCAAAAAGAAAAGGUCAUCGUCGUCGUCAUCAUCCUCUUCCUCUGCAUCAUCUUCUUCCAGUAGUUCAAGUGCAUCUGAUAAAUCCAUUGAACUGCAAAAGAAGUUGCACAAACGAAGAGUGAAAGAAGUUGAAGAAAAGAAAAAGCAAAAAGAAUUAAUGAAGGCAAAAGAAACACCCGAAGAAAAGAGGCUUAGGAGGUUGAGGAAAAAGGAAGCCAAGGAGAGGAAACGUAAAGAAAGGAUGGGUUGGGAUAAUGAUUAUCUCCAUUACACUAACAACGAUAACCCUUUUGGAGAUGCCCAUUUACUACAACCUUUUGUUUGGGGUAAGAAAUUAGAGAAAGAAGGUUUGCUGGAAGUUAGCAGAGAGCAAUUAGAAAUGCGUAAUAGGUACAAGCAGGAAGAGAAUAAAAGAGAAUUGGAAAAAGUGAAAAAGCGCAGACAAGAGCGUGAGCUGCAGCGCCAGCAAAGAGAAGAAGAGGCUGCAUUGCAGCAAAGAGGAAAAGAGGCUGCUCAAUUGGAACAAUGGCAUCGUCAAGAAGAUCAAUUCCAUCUUGAGCAAGCAAGGCUUAGAUCUCGCAUUAGGAUACAGGAUGGAAGAGCAAAACCUAUUGAUCUUCUGGCUAAAUAUAUUGGUGCUGAAGAUGAAGUUGACGCAGUAGAGAUGCACGAACCCUAUACCUAUCUGAGAGGAUUACAAAUAAAAGACUUGGAAGAUCUCAUAGUAGAUAUCAAAGUUUACAAAGAAUUAGAAAGAGGCAAAAAUCUAGAUUACUGGAAUGACAUAACUAUCAUAGUUGAGGAUGAAUUACAUAAAUUAAGAAAGUUACAUCAGCAGUCGGAGUAUCAACAUGCUAUUGGACGACGCGAAGGAAUUCAUGAAUCCGUCGCAAAUGACGUCACACAAAUAUUCAAAGGAAAAACAGCAGCUAUGUUGGAAGAGUUACAAGUAAGAAUCGAAGCAAAAAUCAGCGGCAAAGCUGAGGGUGUCGAUAUUGGAUAUUGGGAAAGCUUGCUGUCCCAACUUAAAGCUCAUAUGGCCAGAGCGCGGUUACGAGAUCGUCACCAAGAAAACCUAAAGAAGAAAUUGAACAUUUUGAUCGCUGAACAAGGAGUGGCUAAAACAGAAAACGAAGCUUCCGAGCCACAAACAAAUGAAGCAGAAUCACAAGAGGUACAAGUGGAGGAACCCUCAACCAGUGCCCUUUCUGCAAAGAGUUCCGAAGACAGUCAAUCAGAGGAUGAAGAAUUUGGAGAGUCAGGCGCUUAUUCUCCGAAAUAUCUAUCACAAUCGGAGCUCGAGCCGGGCACGAUUAUAACACUCGAAGAAGAAGACGCUCAGCGUCUAGAGUUUUCAAGAAAUCAAGUUACUAAGACAGGACGUAAGAUACAAAACGUCUUAUCCGCGGAAGAACAAGCCAUGCGCAGAGAAGUUAGCAAAAACAUGGCUUCGGACGAAGCGCAAUUCAGCGUCGAAUCGUCCUUGGAGGCACAAGUGUACUUGUGGUCCGAUAAGUACAGGCCGAGGAAACCUCGUUACUUCAACAGAGUCCACACAGGUUUCGAGUGGAAUAAAUACAAUCAAACUCAUUACGACAUGGACAAUCCGCCUCCGAAGAUUGUUCAAGGAUACAAAUUCAAUAUUUUCUAUCCGGAUCUGAUAGAUAAAAAUGUUACACCCGAGUAUUUCUUGACGCCGUGUACAGAUAACAAGGACUUCGCGAUACUACGAUUCAAAGCUGGACCACCUUACGAGGACAUAGCUUUCAAAAUAGUCAACCGAGAGUGGGAGUACUCGUAUAAACGCGGAUCCGCUGCCAAUUCCACAACAAUAUCUUUCAGUUGUGGUUCCACUUCAAAAGAUACCGAUACCGUCGAUAGAGGCUUUUUUGUAAAAAAUUCAGGGACGUUGUAUUAUACUUCAAAAGUUGUCUUUAUUUAUAUACCUCGAUGCAGAGCUUUUCGAAAUCGCAGCAUUCCGCGCUGUACUUGGGGAAAUAUGAAGUGGCCGCAGACACCGGCUGAGCUACUGCUGUCCGAAAAGACUUUCCUCGUGAUUCGCGAAGAUCUGCAUCAGACUGACGUUGACGCAGACAGAAAGAAGAGCAGUACGAGUAGCAGCCAUCCGAGCAGAGGAUCGAGUAGCCCACGCGAUCAGUCGUCGAGUUCGACGACGGCUCAGCUGUGUAGCUGCGACACCUGGCCUAAGAUGCGGAAGAAGCGUCCGAGGAAGACAUCCGCAGCCAUGUACGACCAGAACUCGCCGGACGAGGAGUCGCGACCGGCGACCGCCUGUCUCGAGGCUCCGCUAGUACUCGAUCCCAGACUCGUCGACAAGCUCGACAUGUCACUGCUCAGCAAGGAACACCUGAGCGCCUCGUUGUCGCGCAUAAAUCUCGGAGUGGUGAAGGUCGUCUCGGUGCUGGACAGCUCGAAGCUGAGCAACCAACGUCGAGUGACGACGACGACGACGACGAAGCCCAGGGCACGAUUCACCAGUUCGCGAAAACCGAGCGUCGACAGCAGCUCCGAGUCCGAGACGACGAGGACGAGCGAAGCGGCCAAGCGGCUCGACGAUAACAACAACAAGAACAAGAAUAACGGCAACAACAAGUCCCAUCAGCAGCAGCUGUCACCACUGCGUUCCCGAAGCUCCAGAAGCACAGUGAGCUCGAUCGAGGUGGCCCUGUUCACCAGUCCGAACAUCGCCCACCAGCAGCCGAAGAAGAAGCCGGAGACGUGUACGACCUGCAGAAGGUCGGCGCAGCCCGAGCGUUUUCACACUCACCCCAAGAGUCCCUGCGUCUCACCCGCCAAGUCGCCCAAGUCCUUGACCAGCGCGAGGUCCAGUCCGUCGGUCAUACCGGUCAGAGCUGUAGUGGCUGGGAAGAGCAGCUCGAGGAGGACCUCCGCGAUUCAUAGCCCCACGAUGGCCUCGCCGAGGUCCUUGGCUUCGUCCGUGACGCCGGAGGAGAAGCCGAGCGAGGCUUCGCGAAAAGAGCGAAAGGUGAGCUCGGCCACGGUUUCGAAGAGGCUCGAGGACAAGAUGUUGGCGGGCAAACGACGACCGAGAACCGUAACCUGUUACAUCUGCGGCAGGGAGUUCGGCACCGCCAGCUUCCCCAUUCACGAGCCCAAGUGUCUAGAGAAAUGGCAUCGCGAAAAUAAAGCCCUGCCGAGCUCGCAGCGGCGCAGCGAACCACAGCGACCCAACGUUCCCAUUGAUCACGAGGAUUGGAACAGCGCUGCCUGGGAGCAAAGUCAGGCUCUCCUGAUUCCGUGUCUAAAGUGCAAAAGAACUUUUCUACCCGAUCGAUUAGCUAUUCACGAAAGAAAUUGCCGAGUUCCAAAUAAGGGCUCCUGCAGCAGUGCACGACUUUCCGCCAAGAGUCCCUACGAGUCUUACUCAUCCGCGACGUUGGUCGACAUUCCCGAGCUGGUAUCAACCGAUGUUCCUAUCCAAAGAGUUCCGGCAUCGCCUCACAUAUCGAGAAGAAGCCCAAAGAAGAAUCAGAGCUUUACGGGACUGUCAACCGCCAGAAAAUCAAGUCGGAUCGCAGUGAGAGAGAAAAGUGCCUACGAACGACGCUGAAAUCACUGGAAUUUUAUACCUAAGAUUGAUCAUAUCG